CUAGUGCCUCAGUGUCACGGAGGCUGCGGCCGAUAUUGCCGCCCGCCCUGCACUGCGUCGCCGCCCUGCCAAAACAUUACUAAAUUCUUUAAAAGUAAACCAUUUAUUAACAAUUUACAACAUUUCUUUAUUAUUAAAAGUGUUUAAAACGGGAAUAAAAGCGAAUAAGUAUAUUCCUAUGUAACUAUUUGACCAUCAUUACAAAGGAAAUUAAGUCCACGUAAUUUUGUUUAGUGGUGGCAUGAGAUGAGCUACUAGUAUUUUACCGUUUUUGUGAAUUACAUAGGAUCGUAUAAGGUUUAUGUUAGCGUAUGGUAAAGGACGUUUUAAUGCGAGCUCCAUUCUUACGGUAGGCGUGCAAAGAGAACCGAGUGCUUCACCAAAACUGAUCUUACAUAUAUAUUAUAUUUUGCUCCAUAUGUAUAUUACAGAAUUAAUGUUACAAUCGACAUUAUGUAUAUAGAGAGUGAAAAACUAUCUUGUAUAAUACGUACUUAAUACAAUACGGUGAAAAGACAAGUAUAUAACAUGAAUGAAUAAAUAUACUUAUAUACCAAUUUACAAAAAUAUAUAAUACUUGACAAGAAUAUAUUACUUAUAAAUUUGUCAUUGAAGCAGUGCCAAAAAAGAAGUGAAACUUAGAAACAAAAAUAGUUCUGGCUUUAUUACUAAGUAGUAAGACAGUGAGAAAUUGAAGAGGCGAUAUGAGAGGCCGUAUAAGGAGUUCGCGCUUUUUGUUAAUGGCGACUGCGUUGAUACUGUCAUUAAUUUCCGCGUGUUUCUGCGAACUUAGUUCGACGACUCAUGAUGAGAUUAAAACCGCCUCAAGUUCUCAAGCACCGUUGACAGCUGCUUUUGUCCAGACUAAAGUAAGCACAGAACCAUUAGACACUACUGUGGCGCCGACUUCUACGUUAUUAACUACAAGGGAGAACACUAAAAUAACAAAAGCGUAUGCCGUUAGCGAGCGCCCGACUACGGCUCGUCAUUCAACGACUAAAGUAUACGCGAGCACAAAAGCCAUAGUGAAAAGUGCAAGAAGGCAGAAGUUAAAAACUAACUCUAGUGCACUCGGGAGCCCGGCACAUUCACCAGCGCGCCUUCAAGAGCGACUAGGGGCAAUAGAUUGCGAUCUGCCCGUGCUGCCGGGAAAGUCGCGCCUGUGGCGAGGCAACGAGACUCACGAACUCAAUUUCCCCGUCACGAUGGCGGAGGAGUGCACGGGGGCUGCUAAUGGCGGUAGCGGCGGUGGAGGUGCGCCAUCUCCUGGUGCAGCCGAUGAGGAGUGCCCCCCUGUCAUCGUCUCUUGGGAAGGCUCCACUGAUAUACAGAGUGGAGAUAUACUUAUCGUUCGCAUUUCGGAUUCGAUGCUUCUUGAUACCAACUAUCAGGUUAAUUCGAAAAAUACGACAUUUGAUAACAAUUUAACUCGCGGCGAUACCGAGAGUAAUCGUCGUAUGCCUCUACAACCGUCUGUAUACCAGGUGACCCGCCAGGGACACGAACAUUGCGACGUGUCUGAUGGCAUGCUACUCGAUAUCACACCACUCGAUGAGCGUGGGGCUAAGCUUUUCACCCUGUACGAUAAAGACUUGACUGAAGGAGUUAAUUUGCUUAUAGUUGUUUCCGAGAACUGGGGUUCAAAAUGUGUUCGUCUGAAAGUGACAGUAAAAUCCGAUAACUGCGGUGAAUUUCAAGAUUGUUCUGGAAAAGGCGUGUGUUACACCAAUGUUUCAAUGGAAGGGUACGAGUGCCAGUGUUGCCCGGGCUACGUGGGCCCACACUGCGAGGAAAGGGAUGCCUGCAAUCCAUCACCCUGCUUGAAUAAUGGUAUAUGUGUCGACCUCGCGCAGCCUCUCAACGGUGCCAACUACCGUUGUCUUUGUCCAUAUGGUUUUAUCGGUAGAAAGUGCGAGAAGGAUCCGUGCUAUUCCGCGCCUUGUCUUAAUGGCGGUUCAUGUAUGAGUAUGGCGAUGAAUGGAACAACUACUUUCCAUUGCGCAUGUGCAGAUGGUUGGACAGGUGCACACUGCGAAUUGUCUAUUUCCGGCGGCGCUUGCGCAUCUAACCCUUGCGUCAAGGGAAUAUGCAUCGAACAGAUUGACAAUGACGCAGAAGGUCCAGAGUACCGAUGUUUUUGUCAACCCGGAUACACGGGCGAUCGGUGUGAGUUGGAGUACAACGAGUGUGUGUCGUCGCCAUGUGCCAACGGCGGCACGUGCACCGAUCGCGUCGGUGGGUUCGAGUGCUCAUGCAGCCGCGGAUAUACCGGCAAUACCUGUCAACUUAAGGUGGAUUUAUGCUCGCCGAACCCUUGCCCCGCGCACCAUUAUUGCCUCGAUCGCGGGAACAACUACGCUUGCGAGUGUCCGCAUGGAUUUGUCGGCGAGGAGUGUCAUAUUCCCACUAGAUCUGCUUGCGAUAAUAAUCCUUGUGCACACGGCGGCACCUGUUGGAGUGGUAUCGACUCCUUCUACUGCUCAUGUCGUCCAGGUUAUACGGGGAAACUUUGCGAAGAGGACUUUAUUUUGGAAUCUGUGGUGGGCAGCGAAGGUAGUAUGGGAGCAGAACCCCGAGGUGGCGGUUCAGUGCGUGAGGUGCGAUUGCCUCUAGGCCUCUACCACGACAGGCUUCACAAUGUGUACAUCGCUGCUGGCACGCUUGGCGCUGCUAUAGCCAUUGUUGGGAUUGUAGUCACGGCGUGUCAUUGCCGAGUAAAUAAGACGUACUCACGGUUACUUUCGAGACUGUCCCGCGUCACCGAAUCCGGACCACCUCAUCAUUGGCUGCAGGACAAACGAGCACCUCCGUCAUCUGCCCCAUUCCCACCACCUUCUGCAACCCUCGAUACCACCGAUAUGUAUUAUACACUCGAUUUCAGCGACAGUCAAAGCUCUCCGCUCAUUCAAUAGCAAUCACUGCAGAACUGCCCCGAAGGGGAACGGUUCAAAAUACAAAUAUAAAGUUGGUUACAGGGAGUUAUUGGAGCUGAUAUACACCAAAAGUAAAGUAAAAGGGACGUUUUCAAAACUAUCAUGCUAAACUGCACGAUACUCCGACUCUAAUAUUUUAAAUUGAUGUGAUUUGUGCAAAAAGAAAAAUCCAUAUUAGUAGAUAUCUCUUAGUAGUGAUAGGAAUUUGGUCAGAUAUCGCAGCAAAAUUUUUGGGCGUUGAAAUAGAAAUAUCUUUACCGUCAGCAGAAGCUAGAACCGGGAGUCUAUCAUAAACAUUCGCCAAUUAGCUUAAGGCUACGUUUACGUACAAAUAAAUACGUAUAUAUUUUAUUGUAUUCGUAUUUUACUUUAAAUGUCAACUUUUAAUAUCGAUUUAUUAGCAGUUUUGGAAGACGUUAUGAGAUGUUAUUUAUAUAUAGAUAGGUAAAGGAAUAAUGUAUUAAUAAAUAUUAAACAUCAUUGUCGUAGUAAAUUUGUUUAAAUGAAAAAGUUCUCAUAUUAUUUUUAUAUGUAUAUAAGAUUUCUCUAAAGCAAAAAAAUUCUGAUUUUGAGGUAUCAAAACAGGCAUGUUAUAUUUUAUAAUUUGUAAACUUUAAAAAGACUCAGUAAAUAUAAGAAUUGUACGUGUACGUACCUAAAUAUUGUUAUAACGAUUGACGUAAACAUCUGUAAUGGAAUUUUUAAGCGUCAUUUUUUUUUACUAAGGUACUUUAUUUUAUUGAAACUGGUUUGUUGGAUACUGUUUUAUUAAACUUGUCGACUUUACUAAUACUUUGUUCACUUAUUCAUUUUUUAGUACAGUCUGUAUAAAAACUAGGAGAUAAAUUAUUUACGUAUCUACUAUUAUUAUUCACACAUACAUACCAGUCACUUAUAUUUCUUUACCUAUAUUAAAGUGCCUGUUUGAAUGUAGAUAUUUGAUAUAUUCUCAUUUUACCUAUCUAAUACAUGUAUGUAUUAAUUUAAUUUAGUUAUAUAAUGGUAUAUUUCUCUACAGUCUAGGUAUGCAUAAAAUUGACUGAUCUUCAAAUUAGAUGUUUCGAACUUGCAUCUAGCUUGCUAUUUAUGUCUCUGAAACGUUAUAUAAUUCUUCUAACUACUAUAACGACUUAUUCGAUUUGUUAUAGGUGCGUAAGUAGAUGCGUACAUGCAUACGUAUUUAUAUGAAAUUGAUAAAGUUUGAAUUCUAUUUACUAAUUACAAAUCUCUGUCUCUUCUUGAUGCUUUCGUGAUCUAAUGCUUCUAAGUGUGUACAUAAUAUGUGGAAAUUAUUGUUAAUGUACCUAAGGUUUCAUUAAAUUGAUUAAGUCAGUUA